AUGCUGGAGGAGCUGCUCAUCUUCACGCGCGGCGGCCUGAUCCUGUGGUCGUUGGCCGGCGGCGCCGCCGCCGCGCUGAAGGGCUCCCCGGUGGACGCCCUCGUGCGGUCCUUCCUCCUCGACGGCCGCUCCUCCCCCUCCGGGUUCGCGCACGGCCCGCACGCGCUCCGGUGGGCCUUCCACAACGCGCUCGGGCUCGUCUUCGUCGCCGUCUACCGCAAGGUGCUCCACCUCCUCUACGUCGACGACCUCCUCGCCGCCGUCGCCGCCGAGUUCGCGCGGAUCUACCACCCGCGCCGCGCGUCCUACGACGGGUUCGGGGAGCGGUUCCGGCAGCUCCACCUCGAGGCCGAGGCGCGCGCGGCACGUCCGGCCUCCGUCCCCGUGAAGCCCGGUCCUGCUCGGUCUGACGGCGUUCUCCUGCCCGAGUGUGGUGGUGGUGGUGGUGGUUGUGGCGAGAGUGAGACGGCGGGUGACGAGUCUGGGAAGGAUGACUCCGAUGGCGAGCAGGAGGAGCACAACUCGGUGGAUGGUACCUUCAAUGCUGUGGAAGAGAACUCUGACGCCGGCAACGGUGGCGAGGUUGUGAAAGGGGAAGAGCAAGGAGCUCCCAGCAAUGCUGCUGCUUUUGACAUGAGUAAGUUGCAACUUAUUUUCCGACCACACCAUAAGAUCAAGCCGAAUAAACCCGCACCCAGGGACAAGAAACCAGUGACAACCGAUAAGAGGAGGAGGAUUCCGGAUAACGUGCCUUCGGCCAAGGAUUUGGAUUUUUCAGACCCAGCUGACGCCAGAGGAGCUCCGGCGAUGAACCAGGCGGCGGUCAACCAGGGCAAGAGCGGGAUGGACCAGGAUGAAGCCACGAGGAGCAGCACAGCAAAGAGUGGCUGGUUCUCCUCAAUGUUCAGGAGCAUCGCAGGCGGCAACGCGGCCCUGGAGAUGUCUGACCUGCAACCUGCACUCAAAGCUCUGAAGGAUCGGCUGAUGACCAAGAACGUGGCGGAGGAGAUCGCGGAGAAGCUCUGCGAAUCGGUCGCAGCUAGCCUUGUAGGCAAGCAGCUCGGAUCCUUCACGCGGGUUUCCUCCUCUGUUCAGGCAGCUAUGGAAGAUGCUCUCGUUAGGAUUUUGACCCCGAGGCGAUCCAUUGACGUGCUGAGAGAUGUGCAUGCUGCCAAGCAGCGUGGCGCGCCGUACGUCAUCGUCUUCGUCGGGGUGAAUGGGGUCGGGAAAUCCACCAACCUCGCAAAGGUUGCUUAUUGGCUUCGGCAGCAUGACCUCACUGUCAUGCUGGCAGCGUGCGACACCUUCAGGUCUGGUGCUGUGGAGCAGCUGCGGACUCAUGCCCGCAGGCUUCAGAUUCCUAUUUUUGAGAAAGGAUAUGAAAGGGAUCCAGCUGUAGUGGCCAAGGGUGCGAUUCAGGAAGCCGCUCGGAACAAAACAGAUGUUGUUCUUGUUGACACCGCUGGGCGUAUGCAGGACAAUGAGCCACUCAUGAGAGCGCUCUCGAAGCUCAUCAACCUCAAUAAUCCGGACCUGGUUUUGUUUGUUGGAGAGGCGCUGGUGGGGAAUGACGCUGUUGAUCAGCUCACUAAGUUUAGUCAGAAGCUGACAGAUCUUUCCACUGCUCCAACUGCUAGAUCGAUUGAUGGCAUCCUGCUCACCAAGUUUGACACCAUUGACGACAAGGUUGGAGCAGCUCUUUCUAUGGUGUAUGUUUCUGGAGCUCCUGUCAUGUUUGUUGGCUGUGGUCAGUCGUACACCGACCUCAAGAAACUCAAUGUCAAAUCCAUCGUCAACACCCUCCUGGAGUGAACUCCGAUAGGCGCUGCUUUACUGAAUAAGAAUACCUUGCUCUACUUAAACCCCCUACGACAUUGUGGUCAUCUUGGGGGGAUGCUGAUAGUUAUGCUUUCUCUUAGAUUUAUUUUUUGUUGCUUCUAAGAAUUUUCUAUUCAUGUUCGUCAGGUUCAUUUUUACUUGGUGUAGUUAAGAUUACAUGUAACAAUACUGGCAGUGCUAGUUAAUUCUUGGCUACGUGAUGUUUGGUGCCAGAAGAU